AUGACUUGUCGACGUCUCACUGAACUUAUCGACGAUCUCCCAGCUGACACUCGAGAUGCACGAAUGGACAAGUCCGAGUCUAUCAUGAAAAAUAUGGAAACAAACCAGCCUAACGAGCACGGCAGUAUCGAACCUGACCAUGCCAUUGUGGAGCAGACGAAUGCAAACGCCAUCGGUCAAGGACUCACCAGCCCCGAACCCAACACUGAAACUACCAAUGCAGAAGACAGCAGUUCUAAAACUAGCAGCACAAGCCAUAACACACGCGAGCUGACAGCUGUAAUGGAUUCAUCCCACGGGCCAUUCAUGAUAAAUAUUCACCUCGAACCUUUCCCCGCUAACUGGCAGAACAAAGCCGGUAUUCCACAUGCUUUUCAGCUCAGCAAGAGUGAACGAUGCAGGCUAUGGUAUAACGCCUUUCGCACCUCCGAUUUAUACAUGAUUGGCACAAACAGAAUCCCCGAAACUUUGUACGAACUCGUCCCCUUAUUCGCGCGCUUCGCGGGCACAAAUAUCAAUACGUUAAUGAUUUGGCACGUUCGUGUCAUGUAUCAAACUAGCGCUUGGUAUAACGAGAGGAGCAUUGAUAACCUUCUUCUUCUUCUGUGCAAUCUUGCGGAGGAUUCAGAGCGCUGGGAACGGUUGACGUCGCCGGCUGGUGAUAGCGCUAGUGGCUGUGGCAUAGCUGAGGACAAUGAAGAUCACAUGGUUAGUGGAGAUGAGGAUAGCGUGGUCGACGACGACAAUGACGCGGCCGACGAGGAACCUCGUGACACUGACAAGGAGGAGGAGGAGGAGGAGGAGGAAGCUGAACAGGAUGGCGAUUCCAUGGUUGAUUGUAAUAAUGACGACACGCUCGGGGACGAGGACAAGGAUGAAGAGUGUACUACGCAGUGA